CCCAAUCCCAUGUCACGUGACCCAGCAUAUCAGCAUUGCUUCUCCCGCAAUAUGUCCAUUUCGUAACACUCACCAUUAAGACAGUGAUGUUCCAGUACGCCCUGCUCCUCCUCCUGCCGUGUGUGCUGGGUGGCACGGAUCCCGUGUCAGAAUGGGUGCACCACCUGAACCAGGAAACAGAAAAUUUGUGGAAAACCUUAGACUACAACCACAACGGAAAAUUCGACAGGGACGACGUCCAAACGUUCCUCCAUGACUACGACACCGACGGAGACGGUGAAGUUACCCGGGUCGAGUUCGACUUCCACUGGGGGAUGACGGAGCCUACUCUCAACAUCGUCGGACACGGCCUGUUUCUGGAGUACGACGACGACCAGAGCGGUAUAGUGACGUCUUCCGACCUGGACGCCCUCUACAACAGAAUGGACCAAAACGAUGACGGAAAUGUCAGCAAGGGUGAAUUCAAGACUUAUUACACUGAGCUCCUCACAGUGUUGUUCAUCCUGCAGACUCAGCACAUUGAGAAUCAGCUCACGACUACCCCUGCUCCAUCAACAUAACCAAAAUAAACAAGAAAUACAAUAAUAAACCAAUACACCAGUU